AACUGGUUUGGCCUGUCUGAAUACCCUAUUCUCACCGAAACACCGCACCCUUGUGCAACCUAUUUGGUCUGUCUGAAUUGGUUGCUUAAGCAGGGGACCUGACUGUAGGGACUGUAGGUGAUUUUGCGGGGUUGGGUUAACUGCCCACCUGCCUAAGUGUGGGGUUUUGGCCUAAUGUUACAGGGCCCCCUGACCUGUCAACGCCUGCCCCACCACUGCGCACAGACCGCAGCAGUUGGCGAGAGCCUCUGCCUGGAAAGUAUGACAGCCACGGAGUACCCAUCUGCCAAACCACGAUGGGUGCAUCACUUUCUUUCAUCUAGUAAUUUUCUUGGCCUCACUUCAAUCUCAUCUCUCCCCCAAUUCGCCGAAUGACUGUAUAGAAAUGUAGGAAACCAUGGCAACGACACCCAUGGCCGAGUCUCAGGGCGAGGCGUGGUUUCUCAAGGCGAAAUGCCCCGUCUUCUUGCCCCAGGCCGACGCCCUCACCUUGUCUGCCGCCGAAUUCGACGGCUACCUCAAGGCAAAGUUCGCUGCGUUCAACAAAUCCGCCGAGAUUGUUGAUGCCGCCGAGACUCAUCAUGCCUCGGUUGACCGGGCAAUGACGGACGAUUCCUUCACCGUCGUCACCGACCCUUCGACAAUCGCCGAUGCCCGCGAGAUGGUCGAGAAUCUUGCAAUCGAUUCGGCUUCCGCUCCCGCCAGUAGCGCCGAACAAACAGCCGGUGAUAAACAGGUCAACGACCAUCCAUUCAUGCAAGCCCUCCUCUCCGUCGAUGCCGACAGCGAGCCCCCCAAGGACAUGGAGAACAAGAUGCUCACUGAAAACGGCGAUAUUGCCUUGCGCUCCACCAACAAGGGCCUGGUCGACCUCUUCUUUGAGCUUGAAGUAGCCAUCUCGGGCCCCCGCCUGUUUCAGCUAUUGAAUUCCGCCUGGAGGCUCGACCCGCUGGCCACGCUCAAGAUCGUCUUCAACGCUCGAUCCAUCCACCUGGGCAAGAGCUCGCGGACAGUCUUCUACCGCUGCGCAGGCUGGCUCGCAGAGCACCACCCCCUCACCCUAAUCAUAAACCUCCGCUGGCUAAGCCGUCCCGUCAUUCCCAAAAAGGCUGCUAAGAAAGAUCCCGACCUCGAUGACAUGGUGGUUGUCGACGCUACCCAGGAUGAGAGCGACCCUGCCCGCUUCGACGUGCGCAACGGCGUGGCCCAUGGCUACUGGAAGGACCUGCUGAACAUACUCGCGCUCUCCGCCAACAACAAGCUCAGCGUGCUCGCUAGCCCUCGCAAAAUCCUUAAUAUCGAACGCCCAGACAAACACGCUGCUCGUUUGCCGGCUGACGUGGUCAAGGAGAACCAGCACAAGCUCCGGGACGCGCGCCACGACGCUGCCGUGCUCGCCUUUAAGACCAAUCCAGUGCACCGCGCACUCCACCUCGCUGUCGCACGGCUCUUCGCAGAGCAGCUGAGAACCGACCUCGCCCUUCUCAAUAGCGCCAAGCCAAAGGAGAUGCGUAAGAUCUCGCUGUGCGCCAAGUGGGCCCCGUCGACGGAGCGUUUCCACGAUAAGCACACGUUUAUCGUGUCGUCGAUCGCCGAGAUCCUGUACCCCACAAGCCACUUUGACGCCAGCGCCAUCUCCCGCGCCGACAACGACAACGAGGCAAACCGCACCCUGUACCUGCGCCACGCCCGCGAGGCCUACCGCAUGGCCACGGCCUCGCUGCGUAGGCACCUCGAGGUCGUCGAGCGCGAACUCUCCGCCAAGACCUACGGAAAUAUUAAAUACGAGCGCGUGCCGUCUCUCGCCAUGAAUAUGCACUCCAAGACGUUCAUCGAGAAGGACCCCGAGCGCUUCGAGCAGUUCAUCGACAAGGUUGCCCGCGGCAAGGCGCAGAUCAGCGGCGCCGUGCUGUUGCCCAGCGUGCUCGUCAAGGCCGCGAGUACGCAGCCCGGCAUCAGCUACGACACACAGCUGUCGACGCGGAAGCGGCCGCGCGACAUGGUCCAGGCGCGCUUAUCCAACCUCGGCCUCGACGCCAAGGUGGCCGACGGCCAGUGGCGCACGCUGGUGCAGCGCAUCAAGGACUCGGGCGCGCUGGAGUCGAGCAUCGCCGUGUGCGACGUGUCGGGUAGCAUGACAUACCCGACGUUCCCGGACGGCACCUGCCCCAUGCACAGCGCCAUCGGGCUGUCGCUGCUGCUGGCCGAGGUGACCAAGCCGCCGUUCGGCGGCGCCUUCAUCACCUUCAGCUCCACGCCUACGGUGCAGAAGAUCGACCUGAGCCAGUCGCUGACGCAAAAGUAUGCGGCGUUCGCCAGAGCCGAGUGGGACAUGUCGACCGAUUUCGUCGCCGUCUUCCGCGACCUGAUCCUGCCAAUGGCCGUGCGCCACAAGCUCGCCAAGGGCGACAUGGUCAAGCGCGUCUUUGUGUUCAGCGACAUGCAGUUCAACGCCGCGUCAAAGCUCAGCAGCGACCGGUGGUCGUCGAGCUACGAGCGCGUCAAGGCGGACUUUGCCGGGGCUGGCUACGACGUGCCCGAGCUGGUGUUUUGGAACCUGGCCGGCGGCCGCGCGGGCUACGCGGGCGGCAGCGACAGCGGCAGCGGCGACCCCGUGGCCCCGAAGCCGGCGGCUGCCGACGAGGAGGGCGUGUCGCUGGUCAGCGGCUACUCGCAGGCCAUGCUCAAGGUGUUCCUGGACAAGGGACUGUUCAGCGAAGAGGAGGACGAGGAAGAAGAGGGCGAGGUUGUUGUGAGCGCUGAUGGCGACGACGUGGUGGUUGAGGAAACGGCCCCCAAGAAGCACAAGAAGAACCCGCUGAGCACGGUCAAGAAGGCCAUCUCGCACAAGGCAUAUGAUAUGCUCAAGGUGGUUGACUAA